CGCAGCGUCAGUCAGCCGCUGAUCAGUGUUCUAAACGGCCAUCUAUUGAACGGCACGCGUUUUUAGACUGCAGCGCACGCGUCGAACGAAAUACGAAUAAAAUAAAUGUCGGGAGUUUCACAAGGGUGUUUUUUUAGACCAGUGUUUUUGGAAAGUAAAUAUUUUAACUAAGGGUAACCGGGAUACUUAUAUUGUUUGUAAAAGUGAAUUACUUUAUGGUACAGCACAUGAGAUGCUGAAUUGUGUGGUAUCUACACGUAACAUAACCUGUAGGAGCAAUUAUUUUUCGAUGUCAUCAUGAAAUGAACGUGAAGUGAUGAAACAGUAAUUUAGAUGCAGUGAAGUGAUUAAAACGAAAUAUUAAAGUGAAAUCGUGAUUUUUAACGAAUUUAAUUGUAAAAUAUUGUAUCUAUGUGUGAGAAAACGAGUUUGGGUGUGGGUGGGAAGAUGACGAGUCUGAACCCGGAGACCAGGAUCAUGAUAAUGAGGUCCACCGACGGAAGACACAAUUGCAGGAGACAGAUCCUGGCGGCUCUGGCUGUCUCGCUCGGUCCAUUCGCAGCCGGCCUCAGCAAGGGUUACAUGUCGCCUGCAAUACCAUCAAUGCAAGAGUCGAGAUUGCACGAUGGACUCAUAGUCACUGAUCAGCAGGCCAGCUGGAUUGCCAGUUUAAGUUUGUUGGGUGCCUUAGUGGGCGGUAUUAUUGGCGGGUUGGCGAUGCGCCUCGGCCGGAGAAGAGUGUUACUCGCGGUGGCGUUACCGUACACGGUAGCUUGGCUCGCUACCUCCCUCUCGACGAGCGUGAACAUGCUGGCUGCUACGUCGUUCUGCGCCGGUCUACUGGUUUGCUGCAUCACUAUGAUAACACAGGUGUAUGUGACAGAGAUCGCAGUGCCGGAAAUAAGGGGAUGCCUGAGUUCCCUAUUGAAGAUCUUGAGCCAAAUCGGCAUUCUGAUCUCGUUCUCCCUUGGAGCAUAUUUGAACUGGUCUCAGCUCGCGUUAGUCGUAGCUUCUGCUCCAGUACUUCUCUUUUUAGCUCUUCUCUUCGUUCCUGAAACACCAUCGACUCUACUACUGAGGGGGAAGGAACAAGAAGCCGAAAAGUCCUUGCAGUGGCUUCGAGGACCAGAUGCUGAUAUUCGCCAAGAACUAGCUACGAUACGUACGAAUAUUCUAGCUAGCAAACAAUACAACGAUGGCAAUACUGGUAAAUUUAAAGUAUUGCUAUCUAAAAGGUUAACUAGACCAGUAUUAAUAACUUGUGGUUUGAUGUUCUUCCAAAGAUUCACUGGAGCCCAUUUAUUUAACUUUUAUGCUCUGACCAUGUUUAAGAAGACUUUUCGAAUGAUGAACCCACACGGAGGUGCUAUCGCAACUAGUGUAGUUCAACUUCUAGCAUCCUGCUUAUCAGGUAUGCUAAUAGACAAUGUCGGAAGAUUACCUUUGUUGAUGAUAAGUGGAGUUACAAUGUCAAUAGCGUUAGCUGGCUUUGGCACACAUGCUUACUAUGGAGGCGUGAAUUCGAAUUCAACAAAUUUGACUCAUGACGAUCCUGGGUCUUAUGACUGGAUACCUCUAGUUUGUGUGUUAACGUUUACCAUUGCAUUUUCAUUAGGUAUUAGCCCAAUAUCUGCUCUUUUAAUUGGAGAAUUAUUUCCAUUAGAGUACCGAAGUACUGGCAGUGCCUUAGCUACAAGUUUUAGUCAUCUGUGUGGAUUUGUUAAUGUUAAAACUGCAACUGAUUUCCAAUUACAUAUAGGUCUGCAUGGUUUGUUUUGGAUGUAUGCGGGUAUAUCAGUUUUAUGUUUAUUAUUCGUAGUGUUAUUCGUUCCUGAGACGAAAGGUCGUGAAAUUGACGAAAUGGACCCGAAAUAUGUGGAAUCUUUAUGUAUAAACCGAUAGUAUUAUGUAGGUCCCUUAUAGGUAUUUAGUGCAAUAAAUACGUACAACAGCUAAAAGGCCCAGUAUUAUUUUAGAUAAUAUUCUUGAGGUCUCCUUUUUAGGCAAGAUUAGCGUCCACUUGACUGUGUUCGUUGGAGCAGAAACUCUUUAUUUUCUAGUCUGAGACUUUGUGAGGUGCAUCUGUGUGCAACAUUCUGUUUAGAUUUAGUAUUUCCUCUUCAAAUUGUAUUUGAAACUUUUCACAUAUGUAUAAGAAUUCUAUUUAUACAAAGAAUUCAUACGACAGAAUUUACAUUAGCUGUAAGUUCUUUAUUAGUUCUGCUACUUAUGUUUGAUCUGUUUUGAGCAGAUUGUUAAAAUCUUAAUUAAUUUGAAAUAGAUUUUGAAACUUAAUUUUAAACGUAAAAGUAUUUGGAGUCUAAUAUUGUUAUGUCAGAGUCUAAAACCAGGUAGGUUAGUUAGUAAAUAUAUUUUCACUAAAAUACAGAAAUGUAAAUAUAAUCAUUGUCUUCCUACUAUUGUAAAUAUGGCAAGAAAAGAAUACUUUUCCAUAAUAAUAUACAUUUUACAUCGACGUAUAAAUUGACAAAUGAUAUUUUUUGUAUUUUAAUUGAAAUUCUGUUUUAGUUGGAUUAUUAGAAAUAAUGAGUUCCUUUUAUCAUCACAAUACAUCUAUGUUCCUUUUUUAGUAUUAUAAAGAUUGAUUCAUGAAUAUACAAGAUAUGAUGAAAUGUAUAGAAUCAAUUCUAUUUUCUAUUUAUAUAUUUUUCUAUGUAUUUUGAGUAUACGAACAUGAUUUGUUAAUUUUAAAAAUCAAUUAAACAUUUUUCAAUAUUCAAUAUUUCUGCAUGACUCUUUAAAAAGGCUUCGAUACUAGUGUACUAAAUGCUGAUCACCGAACAUUAUGCAUAUAAGAGAAAAAUACUUUUUCACCAUCAUAAUUCACAUUUCGGUGAGAGAUUUUUUUUAUAACGCAUAUAUUAAGAAUCUUAUUGCAAAAUAAAUGAUUUAGUUCACUUUUAAAAUACUCUUCAAAUAAUUAUUCAAAUAUAUUGAAAAUUAUAUUUAAUUGUUUUGGAAAAUUGACAAAUAAUAAUUGAAACAUACACUUCGGUAUGAAUAUUUCUAAUGUAGAAAUAUACACAUUAUGUAUUUCGAUGUUAUUCUUGAUUAUAUAUUUGAAUUCUAUUUAAGAAUACAAACGAUCAGAAUAGUGUAAUUUUAAUUUUUCUUUACAUUUUAUUGUUUUUCUUUAGUUACAAAUUAGGAAAGUUGUCAGGGAAAUUUUAUUGUUUUGUUUUUUUAAGUUUAAUUUGUAAAAUUGUAAAUAAACGCCACUGUAACGCUGUUAAACGUAUUCUACGAAGAGUUACGGGUAAAUGAUGUAUUCUUAUCAGAAAAUAUGUAAAAAAAAUAUAAAGAAUAAUUUGUUAAAAAUUUAAAAUAAUGAAUUCGAACUAGUGAUGUGCCUAUAGAUAUGCUUUUAUAAAAUUUUUCGUUUCGACGAGAAAAUUUUUAAAAACAUUUUAUUAAAAAGUAAGAAUUUUUUCUCGUAAAAGAAAUUUAUCAAAAAAUUGGUGCUAAUUGGUGCCUUACGUAUAUUCAUGUUAAGAUGGUGCCUUAUUUUGUAACGUUGAGCCAAGUGAUCGUUGUAAAUAGGAACAGUAUUAAUAAGUUUGUAAAAUAUAUAAUUUAUAUAUAUUUUAUACAUAUUUAUGUAGUGAUAAUACGUGUUAUACAAAUUUUAUGUGUUGCCAUAAUCUAGUUGAUCUAAUAACUGAAAUAAUACUUCUUAUUUGUACUUAAAAUGAGUCGAAUUUAAGUGUUUAAGUAAAAAAAAAUUAUUAAUUUA